AUGGGGCGUGCUUUCGAUCCAUGGGGGGAUUCUUCCGACCUCAGUUCCCCUCCAACUUCGCCAUCCCCUCCUCCGGGCUUCCUCCCGACUCCUCCGCCUUCCCAAGGAAAUUUCGAGCCCAAUUCAGCUGAUCCCCCUGCCCUGACACAAGAUUGCGCGCCUCCAGCCAAAGAGAGGAGGAAAGUCGAGCCGAAGCCACGAAUAACAAAACACCUCGACUUGUCCCUGCUCACCCAAGAUUGCUCUUCAAGUCAGAACACUGAGCUAGGGCUUCUACUAAAAGCUCUCCAGAAAAAGCGCAAAAUUGUCGUGAUUGCUGGAGCGGGAAUUUCAGUCUCUGCCGGCAUCCCUGACUUUCGCUCUUCUCAUGGCCUAUUCAAGACACUAAAAAAGGAUCACAAGCUGAAGGCCUCUGGGAAGCAGUUGUUUGAUGCGUCUGUAUAUCGGGAUAAUUCAAUGACUUCUUCAUUCCACGACAUGGUUCGCUCGUUAUCUAGAAUGGCAGCCUCUGCCAAGCCAACAGCUUUCCAUCACCUUCUUGCUAGGCUCGCAAAGGACGGUCGCUUGAUGCGAUUAUAUACACAAAACGUGGACGGCAUUGAGACGUCUUUACCCCCUUUGGCCACCGAAGUACCCCUGAGUGUUAAAGCGCCUUGGCCUCGCACAAUUCAAUUACAUGGUGGACUUGAAAAGAUGGUCUGUCAGAAAUGCAGACAUACGUCUGAUUUUGAAGCGGAACUUUUCCAGGGUCCUGAUCCACCCUUGUGCCGAAAAUGUUGCGAGACUGACGAAUUUCGCACAACCACCGGCCAGAGAAGCCAUGGCGUUGGGAAGCUAAGACCAAGGAUAGUUCUCUAUAACGAACAUAAUCCUGAUGAAGAUGCUAUUGGUUCAGUUGUUACAGCGGAUUUACGCGCCAGGCCUGACGCCCUGAUAGUUGUGGGCACUACUCUAAAGAUCCCAGGAGUUCGACGAAUCGUCAAGGAAAUGUGCCAGGUUGUCCGCGGCCGAAAAGAUGGAAUCACCAUGUGGAUAAAUCACGAACCUGUUCCAGUCGGAAGGGACUUUGAGAGUUGCUGGGAUCUAGUCAUCAAAGGCGACUGCGACGAAGUUGCACGACAAGCCAACUUGAAGCCCUGGGAUGAUGAUAGCGAUGAUAUUGUCCAGGAGUGCACAGCCUCAGACGUAGAACGGGUUAAACAGGAACAAGGCCCCUUCUUCGUUGUCGUUCAUACGCCCAAGAAGGCUCAGAAGAACACUGGUAUCCUCACACCAUCUUCUAGUCAGGAUGAAGCAUUCGACCCCAAGGAUAAACCGCCAAUUCCCAUCAACCUUGUUGCCAAACCGGCCAAGAAAAACAUGACUCAAUGGCUAUCCGGGAAGGAUAACAUUAAUCCAGGAUGCAAACGCAAGAAUCCCCCUACGAGCAAAGCCGGGCCUCCAAAGAACGCCAGAAUGGCAAAUCCUGCUCCGACAAAGAAAAUCGAUCAACAAUUCCGCAUUGGCAAAUCGACUAAAGCCACCAUCACUAUUAAGAAGUCCAUUAGCCCCAUUGAAAGUGAACACUCAAAGCCUAUGCUUGCGAUAUCUCCUGGCGCAGCCCGUAAUAAUGGUCCGAUGUUUCCAGAGAUUUCCGCUUCUCCUCCAUGGAAGGACAAGGCCACGAUUUCCCCAUCUGGCACGCUCCCACCUGAUCUUGAAAGGAUGUUAAACUAA